AUGAAGCAGACGAAGACGCAGCAGGAGGAGGAGGAGGAGGAGGAGGAGGAGGCGCAGGCAGAAGAAUAUGAGCAAUUUGACAAGCGGCCGGAGCCCAUGAGCUGGAGGCACGAGGAGCAAGAGCGGGGGCCCGGUCAAGGACCGAGCGGAGGGCGAAGGGGCUCGACUGCGGCAGAGGGUCGGAGCAUUGAAUGCUCGGAAUUCUCAGCGGAAUUGACAGAAUCCACCUCAGGCGAGUUCCCAGGCCUCCGAGACGAGUCAGAGUCAGAGCGAGAGAGCGAAGAGAGAAUGCGCAAGCAAGCAACGAAGCAACCAAGCAGGCAGCCACUCGGGGGAAUUACUCACUCUCCACAGGACCAAGUCGGUCCCGCGGUCCCUCGGUCGGUCAGACGGUCAGUCAGGGGGUCAUUGACUCUCUUCUUCUUCACUCGGAGUGGAGUUGGCCAACCCCGCGUUCUCCUCUUCCGCCCCCAACCCCCUUCCCCCUUGGCCCUCGCUCUCUUUCCUCGGAGUCGCAGUGAUUCAAACGACAGUCAUGUCACCCACUCGCUCACUCGCUCACUCGCUCGCUCGCUCUAUCCAUCUUCGACAUUCUCGUCUUCGUUUGUAAGUCAGCAGCCGCACCCGAAGACUUCGUACGCGCCAUCCUGUCGCGCUUAUCCGCUUAUGGCGAGGGAGACUCCGCCGAAUGCGAACGCGAAUGCGGUGGUGGACUGCGAAGGUCGUCGGCCGAUCUCUGUCCGUCUCCUGCCCCUCCCCCACACGGACUUCUCGACCGCGGCCGAUGCGAAGGCACCCUCUCCCUCCGGGCCAAUCACCGCGCUCCUCCCUCGACUGCGCUACCCCCGGGGCUAA